AUGCCCCAAGCUCCUCCUGCCAAGAAGGGGAGAAGGAGAGUAAAGACGGGGUGUCAGACUUGCAAGAAGCGGCGUGUAAAGUGUGAUGAGGGGAGACCGGCUUGUCAGAGAUGUGUCUCGACUGGUCGGGUCUGUGAUGGGUACGGCAUCUGGGUCCGUAGGAACCAGAUGCAGCCCCUGCGGAACAUUGUCGUCAUGUCGCAGACACGCGCGAUCGCGGGUCAGCCCGCAAGCCUCGGGUUUGAGUACUUUCGGAGAUAUACCACCACUAAGCUUCCUGGCCUGUUCGAAUCGGGCUUCUGGGAUUGUUUAGUGCUGCAAGCAAGCGAACAGGAGCCGGCUGUCCUGCAUGCGGUCACGGCAUUGGGUGCGGCACAUAAGAAUGAGGAGCGAAUCUCACUGACCGAAUACAACGAAGCCAUCCGGCAUUUGCGGCAUAGCCUCAAGCGUUCAGACAAAGAGGCUCUUCGGGUGUGCCUCAUCACUUGUAUGCUAUUUGUAUGCAUUGAGCUGUUGAGAGGGGGCUUCAAAGCAGGCCAUGCACACCUGACCAAUGGCCUCCGUAUUCUUCGUGAGAUCCAGCAGCGCGAGGGAGUCACCACCUCUGAUGGAGAUAUUAUUCUGCGAUCACAAGCAGUAUCGGUCGAAGAUACUCUUGUCGAAGUCUUCUCACGGCUCAAUGUGCAAGUUGCGCUUUUUGGCCAAGUCUCUUCAUACCUGCUUUUCGUGGGAGAUAGCGCAGAAUCACCGAGAACGUACGAUAUUCCCCAGACGUUCUCAUCUCUCCUCGAAGCACGGAAGUAUAUGGAUGCCCUGAUCAACGGAUCGCAUAUCCUAGGGGAACAGGCAAGUCAGCUGAUUCUAAGCGGACAACCUAUCCCGGAAAAGCUUUACGAGGACCAAGGACGCCUGGAGGCGGCUUUGAUGAGAUGGCUUCAUGCUUUGGACUCCAGUCACGAAAAGUUGAUCAACCGGGCAGACUAUCGCACCAAAUUUGCCAUACCUAUGUUGCUUCUAUAUCACACCAUGACGAGGAUCAUGGCCGCCACUGCCCUGCGUGGGACAGACGAAAUGAUAUAUGACCACUAUCUGCCGGAUUUCUCCCUCUUAAUCAAGCAGUCGGCUGACCUGUGGGACCUGAUGCGUACCGCAAUGAAGAAAGCCUUAGGUUUGAGAGGCACUAGUAGACCAGACAUCAAUUUCACCAUCGAUAUGGGCUUCAUACCACCGCUAUAUUACGCGCUUGCUAAAUGCCGCCAGCCAAAUCUUCGCAGGAUGAUCCUCGAGUUGCUCAAAGAAGUUCCGCAUCGUGAGGGUGCCUGGGAUGGAUUCACGGUCAUCAAUAUGGGCGACUUGCUGAUUGAAAUAGAAGAAGAGGGCAUGUAUGAAGGGUUUGAGAUCAAGCCAAGCUGCUACUUGCCAGACCCGUCAAUAGCGGAAGUAUUGCCCAUCAUCCCGGCAUCUCAGCGAUUCAAUAACGUCAAUGUAGCGCUACCUGAUUUUGAGAGCGGCAAGGCCACUUUAUUUGGUAGGCGGCAGGACAACAACAAUUUGAGAUGA